UUGUUUUGAACAGCAAAACAGCAUAAAAGUCGUGUAAAAUGUGUUAAAUAUCUCUUUGAAUGGCUGUUUUCUGUUAAAAUAUUACCUACAGAAGCUAAAGUUCACUUGCAUUUUGUGAUAUUCAUUCCGGAAUCCACGGAAAACGACCGGGAAGCUCCGGAAAUUUGGGGUGGUUUAUUGAUUUUCUGUUUCAGCUGGCGGUGCAAAAAUGACCGAUAACGGUGGCGGUCGUACGAAAGAAAUCUGCGAAGAGCCACCGAUGUCCCGGUUGUUCAUUAUCUGCGGCAAACACAUUACGAAGGAUCAGCUCAUCAAACACUUUGAAUCGGACGGUACGAUCGAAGAGUGUGUUGUGAUAACGGAUCGUAGAACCGGUCGGGGUAAGGGAGUUGCUUAUGUAAAGUUCACCAAAACAUCCUCCGCUGCUCGAGGACUACGCAAGAAUGCCACCAUCAUCGACGGUGAUACACGUCCCAUCAAGGUGAUGAUAUCGGCGAGCUACAAUCGCGAUAAGAACAGCAGCACGGUACUGGAUGUGAAUGAGAACCACUUUCUGCGACUGUUUGCCAUUGUGCCAAGUAGCCGGACGGAGGACCAGCUGCGGGAAGAGUUCAGUCCGUACGGAACCGUGACCCAGGUGCGGCUCGUACCGGAUAAGAAGAACGACAAACAGUGUGCGGCGUACAUCAAGUUCGCUUCCUUCCUCGAGACGGCCACGGCUAUCGAAGGCUGCAAUCCCCAGUAUAAGGCCAAGUUUUGCAUUCCAAGAAGCAAUGUGCAACAAGAACGGGAUAAUGGGAAACCUGGUGGACAUGAGGUUGGGGAACAGGUGAAUCGGAAGCGUUCACAUUCCCCAGAGCGAACUGUAGCGAGGGGAGGUGGUGACUCGAAGCUGGUUGUGAUAUGCAGCAACCAGCUGAAUCAGGAUCGUAUCUGGCGUCUGUUCGAUAUCUGUCCCGGGAUGAAGUACUGUACCAUCAUGUCUGCCAAUGAACUCAAUCUAACAGCUACCGUUGUGUACUCGUCACGUGAAGAGGCACAGAGAGCAAUGGAGAAGAUUCACGGGCUAGAAUAUCCACUCGGUGAGCGUAUGAUUGUCCGGUUCGAGGAGGAGUUUAAGGAGGAAAUUAUCGCCAAAGAUGCACUCGCACAGCUUGGUCCACCGAAGCCACUCGUAUCGGAGCUAGUGGCGUGUGUGAAGAAAGCGUUCUUCAUCUGCAUGCCAGAAGCGAUCUCGGUGAAGCUGCUAACCGACGCGUUCUGUCGCUUUGGUGAUCUCAUUAAGGUGUAUCUAGUGCCCGGUAAGCGGCAUGGUUAUGCUGAGUUUGCCAGUGAUGUCGCCGCCCAUCGUGCCAUCCAGCAGCUUCAUGGUAUGCAUCUCGGUGACUGCUGGUUGAAGGUGCUCGAGUGUGCCGAGUACGCUGGUGAGCAUAAGCGCAACAAGGUGGAACACUAGGGUUCAAGGUGGCUCUCCAAAGCACACCAGAAAGCAGGGAAAUCCUUUAUUGAACACGAAUGAACUUCGAAAGGAAUAAGAGAAUUGUGAAUCACGCCUUGGACUGUAGAACUCGUACGAUGAUGGAAAUGACGCGCUCUAGUCCCUAUUUCAAUUAGCUAUUUCAAUUAGCUCAAAAGCAGUUACAUACAUAAUUUUACCACGAAAAACCAUUCAAAGUGUAACCAAAUUCACUCCGUACGAGCGUAGGCUGCGAAAAAAUUCAAAUGAAUUCAAAUUCUUCGAAAUGAAUCCGAAUCCGAAGUGCUUGUGACGUGAUAAAGCGAUCACGAGACUGCAAGUCUCAAAGGAGAAACGCAUCCGCCGAUGUGAAGGAAAAGGAAUAGAAAUCAUUGUGCACUUAAUACGAUUUUAGCAAUCAAUACCAAUUAACGGAAACAAGAGAAACGAAUUCGUAGGAAUGACAACGAAUCUCAGUUGUGAGUUACAUCCGAAAGUGUAUUACUUGGAAAUAAAAAUGUUUUUGGAAUUAGAACUAGACAUUAGAACGAUAGAAACUCUACUAGUGAAGACAUUCAAUGCCUUUAGCGACACUUCCACACUGGAAACAA